AUGGACCAAGACGCUGACUCUUUCACUGGAUGCAUUCAGGACGCUGCGAAAAGAAAAAACGCUCCCUGUUUUAACAUCAAGAAAGAAGUUCGUCUUUGGAUCUGCGGAGAUGAGACAAACGUAUUAUACAAUUCUGGAUGGGUAGUCCGCACUACUAGUGAGUUGAGCCAGGAAAAGCGUCUGAGAAGGAGGUUGCGCCAUCAGCUGAAACGUGGUCGUGAGAAAGAAUGA